UCUUAUGUUCCAUUAUAUUGAUAUUGUAAUUUUUUUUUUUGAAAGUGUCAGUGUUUGGCCCGGCCUGUUAAUGGACUUGUCUGAAGCUUUUGGAUAACCCUGCCAGAUGUGAAUUUCUUCCCAGACUGAACUGACCUGGAUACACAACAUGCACAACAGCACUGCUGAAGCUCUGCGUAUGACUGCAAACUGUAAUGAGACUUCAUCCAUGCAGCCACUGAGCUCCCAGUUUUCACUGGGUGUGCUGGUGCUGCUGGCUUUCCUCAUGGUAUUUCUAGCUCUGGUCACCAUCCUUGGAAACGUCCUGGUGAUCCUUGCUUUCAUCAUGGACAGGAACCUCAGGCAUCGGAGUAAUUAUUACUUUCUCAAUCUUGCUAUUUCUGACGUUGCAGUGGGUGUGUUCUGCAUGCCACUCUACAUCCCUUACAGUCUCACAGGAAAAUGGCACUUAGGAAGAGGUGUCUGCAAGCUCUGGCUAGCUAUGGACUAUCUCCUGUGCACAGCUUCAGUAUUUAACAUCGUUCUUAUCAGCUAUGACCGUUUCCUGUCAGUUACUAAAGCUGUAUCUUACAGAGCCCAGCAAGGAAUAACGUCCAACCCUGUAAUCAAGAUGGUUGCUGUCUGGGUCUUUGCCUUCCUCCUCUACUGCCCAGCAGUCCUUUUGUGGGAGCAUGUGGUUGGCCACAGUGUGGUAGCAGUGGAUCAGUGCUACGCCGAGUUCUUUGAGAACUGGUACUUCCUCCUGUGUGCAUCCACACUGGAGUUCUUUGUGCCGCUGCUUUCGGUGACCUACUUCAAUGUGCAUAUCUUCCACAACAUCCAGAGGCGGCAGCGAUGUGGCAGCAUGCAGGACUGUGAGUCUCCAAGGAGCAGCAACCUGUCCUGGAGAUUUUGUCUCUCGCUGAGGGAAGGAGUGUUUUCUCCACCGUCAGAAGCAGAGGACAGUGUUUCUUCUUCCAUGAGGCCAAAGAAAGAGUCUUUGGUGACUGAGAACUCGUCUCCAUCCAGAGGCAAUUCUGUAAUCCGGGAAAAUGACUUCUCUGUUUCUUUCUGCACAAGGACCAGGUCAAAACUGCAGCAGGACAAGAAAAUAGCGAAGUCACUUGCCAUAAUUGUAUGUGUCUUUGCCAUUUGCUGGGCCCCAUACACUUUACUAAUGAUUAUUCGUGGAGCCUGCCAAGGCAAAUGUGUCCAUAGCUCCCUGUAUGAAAUAACCUUUUGGCUUUUGUGGAUUAAUUCUUCUCUGAAUCCAUUUCUUUACCCACUCUGUCAUGUUAAAUUUCGAUUAGCUUUCAUGAAACUACUAUGUCCCAAAAAGUUUGCGGCAUUGAGAUCAGGCUCUUUUUAGAAGAAAAAGGGAAAAAAAAGUCUGAAGAGGAGCUGAAUGAGGGAUGUAAGUAGCCAGAGUUUCAAAUUAGAGUUAGUGUCUGCCGGGAGUUCAGUUUAGUUUGAAAGCCUAGAUGAGCCUUCUGUGAAGUAUGUCCUCCGACAGAUGAACAUCCAUGCCCAAAGUUUGUGUGCUUUUUCCAGCUAUUUCAGCUGGCCAGUUCAAAGAUAUUGCCUCUGUCUGACUUACUGUAGUAUUCUAUCCACAUUAUCUUCUUUCUGGUUGUUGAAGAUACUAUUUUCACCUUCAGCACGGCUUAUAUUUUUGUUCAUUCAUAGUAGUAGUUACAAAUGCAAUAAAGGUGGGUGUUUGUUGUAAGGUCAAUGUCAUGGGUUAACCCCACCUGGCAACUAAGCACCACUCAGCCACUUGCUCGCUCUCCCCACUAGCAGUAUGUGGGGAAAAGAAUUGUAAGGGUAAACGUGAUGAAACUCAUGGGUUGAGAUAAGAAUAGUUUAGUUAUUGAAAUUAUAAUAAUAAUAAAAACUGUAAUGAAAAGAAAAUUAAAAAAUAGAGAGACAUAGGCCCCUCAAAAAUACAAGUGAUGCAAAUGAAAACAAUUACUCACCACCAACCAGCUGAUGUCCAGCCAAUACCUGAGCAGCAGCCUCCCCUGCCGUCAACAUUUCCCCUGGUAUUAUUGCUGAACCUGAUGUCACAUUGUGUGGAAUAUCCCUUUGAUCAGUUGGGGUCAGCUGUCCCAGCUGUGUCCCCUUCCAGCUUCUUUCGUACCCCCCAGCCUGCUCUCUGGCAGAGCAGUGUGAAAAGCAAAAAAACCCUUAACUCUGUGUAAGAUGGGAAGGCUAUAUUGCUGAGCAAAUCUUAGUCAAGAAAAGUUGAGUCUUAUUGCUAUUUGUGUGAGGGUGCUGUGGGCAUCCAAUAGGCCAUGACCUGCCAUGACCACCUGGAUCCCCUCCUACCAACAUCAGCCUCUGGUCCUGGAGAACAUGAGACUCAGGGGGAGGUCCUAGGCUGAGCUACGUGAGUGCCUGUAGGCAGCUCUUAGCUCUCUGUUUUGAAUUUUUCUUUUGAGGUGUUGGCUGGACUUGGUCUUGGCCUUGAACCCAGCUUGUUACCUCAUGUUUGUGUGAUGAUCUUCUCUAGCCAUAUCUGGGGUACUAAAACAUUCCAUAGUGGAAGACUAUCUGUGAUAUCACUUGUCUCUCAGAAAGAACUCAUACAAAUUAUUUCCAAACAAUUCCAGUCUGACCAGAGGCUCCCCAGGAGAUUCUCAGCUCUGACUGCCAAGAGUCUGUUGCUCUUCCUCCCUCCAAACAAUUCCAGAUCCUACCCUUUCCUUUUAUUUAUUUUUAUCAGGUUAGCAUGGCACAUCGUGCAGUGCUAUCUUAUUGCUUUACUAUUAUAUCAGUCUUCCUUUACUAAUGCAUCCCUCAACACUGUUUUUUUCCUUGCAACUUCACCACAUUUCUUACACUCCUGUAGUACCUGGUUUCCCAUAUUGCAUUGUGUGGUUCAUGUUCCUCCAUAUUGUAGUAGCUAUAGAUUUUAUACAGCACAUAUUUCAGUGCUCCUUUCUCAGCAAUUUCUUGGUCAUAUUGAUACAACUCUUUCAGUAAACAUAUCAUAGAUCUCAUUUCUGUUAUCACUCACAUUAUCAUUAUCUUUCUUGCUUCCUGUACUGUAAAAAUAUCUUUCUUUUUAAGAGAUCUAUGCAGAAAUUAAAUAUUCCCUGAGUAAAACCUGUUGUUAAAGUGUUAGAAGUCUAAUACAGCCAUAAAUACUUCCCCCUACCUUGUACAAACUUUACCAUUUAUAGUGUAUCUGCUUUAGGCUGAUGUAAUUUUAGGGUAGAACACAGGAUUCUCACAUAUCAUUACUAGAACAACAAUAUUGCCUUAUCUUAUAAAUGCCAAAACUUAAUGACCUGUGCUCCUACCAAAUAUAAAUAAUAAUCAUGGCUGAUUCCCUUUGACAAUGUGGAAGCUCUGGCUCACUUUUUGUAAGGGUUUUGAGAACUAGGAUUAAACAUGAUGUAAAAUGCAAAAUUUUUAUUUUAGACAAACAUUAAAAUAAAAAAAAAUCAACCAAACUCAUAAAUUAAUAAAUUUUAAGCAAAGAAACACAACAGCUAUGUCCAGACAAGAAAAAUUCAAUUCCUCUUCGUUCUGGUUUUCUACCUGUGUGCGUCAAGUUUAAAAUCAGUGUUUCAACAGCAAUGUUAAUGAAGUGAGUUAGAAAUAGCUUUCCUGGUGUAAGUCAUGUAAAGUGUUAUAAAGCAGACUGAGUGGAUCUGUGUAUGGCAAAACUGGAACCACAUCAUAUAAUGAGAGAAGAUGAAGUUAAAUUUUUUACUGUGCUUUGUUGUACAGUCCUUACAUCACCAAAUCUAGAUAUUGCCCUCCCAAGAAUUUUCCCCUCUACCUCUUUUUUCAGGUUUUGUCUACCAUAUUUUAGGCUGGAUCAGACUUUCUUGCCUUUGCAUUUUCACAGUGCUCUGAUCUUCACUUAUGUGCCUACUUGCUCACUCAUUUUCUCUCCUUGCUAAGCAACUCCAACCAAAGUUUUUAUCUUGAGUACGCUUUC